UUCGUUCAUGAUUAUUUUUGGCCGUUACUACACUGUUGCGUGAGUAAUCGUGAAGUCAGUCGAAACUCGAAGAAUCGGGUAGUGGGUCCUAAGCCUCUCGUUGGGUCGGGAGUGUCUCGCCCAUAAGGAGAAUCUGCGCCAGGUAUUACAGUGUGUGAGUCGCAGUUUGCAGGCUCUUUAAAUAGCCGAAAAGAUAUUAAAAGAUGAACAUGUCGUUCUCCAAAACGAACGGCUGGAAGCCGAGUAACAACGGCCAUGCAGAAACCGAGACCAACAAAAAUUACCACGGAUUUCGGGAAAAGUUACAGAUAAACGAAUGGACCUUCAGCUUGUUCCUAUUCUGCUUCUCGCUGUCGAUUGUUAUCGGGAAAUUACUCCUGAAUUACGGCGUCGAUUUGCAGUGGCAAAUCCAAGGCGAUUACAAACUGCCGUCAAUGCCCGCUUUUCCUAGCAUCUCCAACCUCUCCGUCAUGAGCAUAUCAAGCCUAAAACCGCGAUUCGAGUUUAGCAGCGAUCGAUUGGUGACUGCUGGUGAAAAGUUAGUUAACGUUAGCCAGCGAUACGAAGAGGCGGUGUCCAGCGCCGUUAUCAGAUUUUCAAGAAACAAUUGGCUCUGGAUACGAGCAACUCUGAGCGGAUUGGCAAUGAUGGGUUUCACUUGGUACAUUGUUUACAAGGACAGUAGUGUACCCGGAGUUAAUCCGCCAUCCCCUUUGAGCCUCUUGAAAAAAAGUGGCCAGUCGUCAAGGUACAGCAUGCAGGUAAACUACUUUGUUGGUGUGCUCAAUGGGAUUUUGAUCUUCAUAUACUUGACUUUGUGAUUUGCGCUAUCGCGUUAUCUCAGGUAAAGUGGAAGACGAGAUGUUGUGUUCGGAGCAGCUAACACUUUAAAAGUGUAUUGUUUUGUUUGUAACGCAAAUCUUUGAUGAAAGUAAUUGAUCAAAUAUCUGUGUAGUGCUAUAUUGUACAGUAUAAACACACACAGGCAGACACACAUUACACACACACACACACACACACACACACACACACACACACACACACACACACAUAUUCAAAAUAUAUAACAUAGUUGUUUAUUUUAUUUAUUAUGAUUUUUUAUAACAUGUAAAUUCAUGUCGUUAUUUAUGGAAAACUUAUAUAAAUAUUAUGGAUAUGUCAAGUAUUAAUCUGAUGAAUAAUUAGAGUAAUAUUUUAGCUUAUUUUUAUCUUUUUUCUGGUCUUUUGUCACUAUGUACCUAGGAAAAGCUCAUGUAUUUAUGUUGCAUGGAUUAGCGUGCAUUACUAUUGCACUUCUAACUUGCAGUUCACAAAAUGUUUUUUUUUUUACUUUUCCUUCAAUUUACGAUUCCUAUACUAUGCUAUGGUUUCCUACAAAUACACGGGUAUACUUAAGUACAGAGCUCUUUUCGUAAAUCAAACUUGCUAUACAGCGCAAUAUUUACACAUUUUUUUAAGAACGAAAAAAAGAUGAAAGAAGAACAAACUGUUUUGGUACAAAGAGUUUUAUAUACAUAUAUACAAAAUGUGUAAUUUAGGAUAUGAAAAAAUACUAACUAACUAAUCUAACUAAUAUUACUGUAAGACUGACUUAAUAGCUGUUAUAUUUAACACUCAUUAUGAUUGUGCUUUAAAUUGUGUUAAUUGUCACAAGGAUGUGGUCAGAGACAUACUUGGUUUCUGCGGGGAAAAUGUGAUUUUGUAUUACGUAUUAUACUGGUUCUAUCUAUGAAUUAAUUGUAUCACAGAGUUUUUUACACAUAUACUUAAACAUAUGUAUACACAUUGCAUCCUUAGUGGCUAAUGAGGAGAGUCACGAUAAUAUUUUUUCUUUCUACUUUUUUAUUUUGCUUGUGAGCAUUAUACCAAUCCAUGUUUUCUUUCGUUGACUGUACAGCUUUAUUUCAUUUGCUCCUAAAUGUUUUUUAGAGAGUCAAAUUCUGUAACUUCAUUGAAUUCGUAUGUCUAGCAUUGUAUUGAUGAUUAUUAUUAUUACUUCCUUCAUGCACAAUUGAUAAGUACGUUAAUUUAAUAGCUACACGUAUGUACAUGAAAUAAUGUACAGAGUGUGGUCUUGUUCUCGGUGAUUGCUACAAUAACAGUUCUCAAUAAAUUUUAUACCCAUACAAAUAGCUUUAUUAAAAUUAGUAGUAUAGGAAUAAUUGAUAAGAACAAACUGGAAUUUGUUCAAAUCGCUUUGAUGCUUAAUUGCUUUCAUCACUAUACAGGCAAAAACUGUAUUAUAUGUACUUCUCAAAUUGUUUUUGGCUAUUUCUUUAAUCAUUCUGUGAAACUCUAUAAGAUUUAUGAAUUGUAGUAGAUUAAAGAACUACUCGUAAUCA